GCUUGGUGAGCUGGGUGGGGAAGAUCUCCUCUUCUCUUGGGCUAUUUAAAUAUCUCUCUAGGAGUAAGCAAAAAUGUCAUCGGUUUCAGUACCCUUCUACCAGAAGAGACACAAACACUUUGACCAGUCAUAUCGAAAUAUUCAGACCAGGUAUCUUCUGGAAGAAUAUGCAGCCAAAAAGAGGGCUACUGCUCAGUCUUCCUCUACCCAGAAGUCAUCUUCCCAGAAAGCUUCUAGCAAGACAUCAAUUGGAGGAACAACAUGCAGACUUUGUGAGAAAAGAUUGAAUACCUCCUCCGAAGAGGAAGAACUUGAAAGCAAAAGAAGAUCUCAGUCACUGCUGUCUUCUUAUGGAGAAGCAAGGAGGCAGCGUUUUCUCAAUGAACUGAGCUUCAUAGAAGAAGAUGUGCGCCUGGCUCGGUCUCUUGCAAGAGAAAAGUUGGAUAAAUAUUCAAUUCAAGAGAUGGUGCAAGAUAAGAUGGCCUGGGAAAGGCAUGCGUUUGAGGAAAGGAUAAGUAGAGCUCCUGAGAUUCUGGUGCGGCUUAGAUCCCACACUGUCUGGGAAAAGAUGAAUGUGAAACUUUGCUUCACUGUACAAGGAUUUCCUACUCCUGUGGUACAAUGGUAUAAGAAUGAUAGUUUGAUUUGCCAAGCAGGUGAACCGGGAAAGUAUAGGAUUGAAAGCAAAUAUGGAGUGCAUACCCUGGAGAUAAAUAGAGCAGAUUUUGAUGACACUGCAACUUAUUCAGCUGUGGCAACCAAUGUCCAUGGUCAAGUCUCCACCAAUGCUGCUGUGGUUGUGAAGAGAUUCCGAGGAGAAGAAGAACCAUACCAUUCUGUGGGACUUCCCAUUGGGUUGCCUUUGUCAUCUGUAAUUCCUUACACCCAUUUUGAUGUUCAGUUUCUGGAGAAGUUUGGGGUCACCUUUAAAAGAGAAGGUGAAACUGUUACUCUCAAGUGCUCUCUUGUGGUUACUCCUGACCUGAAAAGACUCCAACCUCGAGUUGAAUGGUACAGAGAUAGUGAACUGCUGAAAGAAUCUAAGUGGACAAAAAUGUUCUUUGGAGAAGGACAGGCCUCACUGUCAUUUGGUCACCUGAAUAAAGAUGAUGAAGGCCUUUAUACUUUAAGGAUCAUUUCAAGGGGAGGCGUGACUGACCACAGUGCUUUUAUGUUUGUGAGAGAUGCUGAUCCAUUAGUUACAGGGGCCCCUGGAGCCCCAAUGGAUGUGAAGUGCCAUGAUGCCAAUAGGGACUAUGUAAUUGUAACGUGGAAGCCACCAAAUACAGCUAGUGAGAGUCCAGUCAUUGGCUAUUUUGUUGAUAGAUGUGAAGUGGGAACUGACAAUUGGAUUCAGUGCAAUGAUUCCCCAGUGAAAAUCUGCAAAUAUCCUGUAACUGGACUUUUUGAGGGAAGAUCCUACAUGUUCCGUGUAAGGGCAAUCAACAAUGCUGGCAUUAGUAGACCAUCUAGGGUUUCUGAGGCAGUUGCAGCACUUGAUCCUGUUGACCUCAAGAGAUUACAAGCAAUUCAUUUGGAGGGAGACAGAGAAAUUGUAAUCUACCAGGAUGACCUUGAAGGCGAUGUUCAGAUUCCAGGACCUCCCACCAAUGUACAUGCUUCAGAAAUCAGCAAAACAUAUGUUGUGCUCAGCUGGGAUCCACCUGUUCCCCGUGGCAAAGAGCCAUUAAUGUAUUUCAUUGAGAAGUCUAUGGUAGGUAGUGGGAGCUGGCAACGGGUCAAUUCCCAGACAGCAGUGAGAUCUCCUCGCUACGCUGUUUUUGAUCUCGCAGAAGGGAAACCAUAUGUGUUUCGAGUUUUGACAGCAAAUAAACAUGGCCUCAGUGACCCUUCAGAAAUUACUGCACCAAUUCAGGCACAGGAUGUGAUUGUUGCCCCUUCCGCUCCUGGUCGUGUGCUUGCUUCAAGGAAUACAAAAACAUCUGUUGUUGUUCAAUGGGAUAAACCAAAACAUGAAGAAGAACUCCUAGGCUACUAUAUUGACUGCUGUGUGGCAGGAUCAAAUAAAUGGGAACCCUGUAAUCACAAGCCCAUUGAUUAUAACAGGUUUGUUGUUCAUGGUUUAACAACUGGAGAACAAUACAUCUUCCGUGUUAAAGCUGUUAAUGCUGUUGGGACUAGUGAAAACUCACAAGAGUCUGAUGUAAUAAAAGUCCAGGCUGCCCUCACUGCUCCAUCCCAUCCGUAUGGAAUAACACUUCUCAACUGUGAUGGCCAUUCAAUGACUCUUGGUUGGAAGGUGCCAAAAUUCAGUGGAGGAUCACCAAUCCUUGGUUACUAUAUAGACAAACGGGAAGCACAUCAUCAUAAUUGGCAUGAAGUUAAUUCUUCUCCAAUCAAAGAAAGGAUCUUUACAGUGGAGAACUUGACAGAGCAAGCAUUUUAUGAAUUCAAAAUUGCUGCCACCAAUCUGGCUGGCAUAGGACAACCAUCUGAUCCCAGUGAGCACUUUAAGUGUGAGGCUUGGACAAUGCCAGAGCCAGGUCCUGCAUAUGACUUGACAUUCUGUGAAGUCAGGGAUACAUCCCUUGUUAUGUUAUGGAAAGCACCAGUGUAUACUGGGAGUGGCCCUAUUACAGGGUACUUUGUGGAUUAUAAGGAAGAAGGUUCUGAAGAAUGGAUUACAGUCAAUGAGUCUACAACUAAAAAUCGUUACUUAAAGGUCACUGAUCUACAACAGGGAAAGACUUAUGUCUUCCAAGUCAGAGCGGUAAAUGCAAGUGGUGUUGGAAAGCCAUCUGACAGCUCUGAAGCUAUACUUGUAGAAGCCAGACCAGGAACUAAAGAAAUAAGUGCUGGUGUAGAUGAAGAUGGUAACAUUUAUCUAAGUUUUGACUGUCCAGAGGUUACAGAUGCAUCUCAUUUCACUUGGUGUAAAUCUUAUGAAGAGAUCGAGAAUCCAGAGAAGUUUAAUAUAGAAACAGAAGGAGACCACUCUAAACUAGUCUUUAAAAAUCCAGAAAAAUCAGACAUCGGGACCUAUUCUGUAUCAGUUAGUGAUACUGAUGGCAUUUCAUCAAGUUUUGUAAUGGAUGAAGAAGAGCUUGAACGCCUGAUGGCACUCAGCAAUGAAAUAAAGAAUCCCACAAUUCCUUUGAAAUCAGAACUAGCUUAUGAGAUUUUUGAUAAGGGCCAGGUUCGUUUCUGGCUCCAGGCUGAGCACUUAUCACCGGAUGCCAGCUACAGAUUCAUUAUUAAUGACAGAGAAGUUUCUGACAGCGAGACUCACAGAAUUAAGUGUGAUAAAUCAACUGGCAUCAUUGAGAUGGUAAUGGAUCGAUUUACUAUUGAAAACGAAGGCACCUACACUGUGCAGAUCCAUGAUGGAAAAGCCAAAAAUCAAUCUUCAUUAGUUCUUAUUGGAGAUGCAUUUAAGGCUGUCCUGCAAGAGGCUGAAUUCCAAAGAAAAGAAUUCCUCAGGAAACAAGGUCCUCAUUUUGCAGAGUAUUUACAUUGGGAUGUAACAGAAGAAUGUGAAGUUCGACUGAAGUGUAAGGUGGCGAACACAAAGAAAGAAACAGUUUUCAAGUGGCUAAAGGAUGAUGUUCUUUAUGAAGUCGAAGCCUUACCUGAUCUGGAAAAAGGACUUUGUGAACUACUCAUACCAAAGUUGUCCAAGAAGGAUCAAGGUGAAUACAAGGCAACAUUGAAAGAUGAUAGAGGCCAAGAUGCAUCUGUCCUUGAAAUAGCUGGCAAAGUGUAUGAUGAUAUGAUCUUGGCAAUGAGUAGAGUCUGUGGCGCAUCUGCUUCUCCAUUAAAGAUCCUCUGUACUCCAGAAGGGAUAAGGCUGCAAUGUUUCAUGAAAUAUUUUACGGAGGAAAUGAAAGUGAACUGGUAUCACAAGUAA